AUGGUAUCUGUUAAUCCAACCAUAACCAAGUUUAGAGUUCGAAAGUUUUUGCCAAAUAACAGGACGUUUGGUUCAAAUCUAUCGUCUUCAGAGCCAUUUGACAAAGUGAGCACCCCGACAGAUACGAAUCCUGCAAAGAUCACAAGUUGUCUAAGAUGUAGAAAAUUGAAAAAAAAGUGUGAUAAAACAAUACCUGAGUGUGCCAACUGCGACAAAGCAGGAGAGAUUUGUCAAUAUGUUCCUCGUAAACAGAGAACAGUAAAGAAACCGAGAUUAGCUUCAAGUGAUUUGGAGUAUAAUUUUCUGACAAGCAAUACAGAUCUGGCGGUUAUAAAUGAAUCUAAAGAAAGUACGGCAUCACCAACAGGGCAAACUCUGCUAAACACACUGCCGUCAAAAGAACAUGACCACCAACCUUUGAGAGAAAACCGUCAUGUGUCUACACAUGAAUCUACAUUUGCGUUUGUAGGGGAGAAAAGCGACAAUUUUCCAAUCCCCUUUCUGAACUAUGAAGAAAGCGAUGAAAGGGCUAGGGGCUAUUCUACAAACAGCGGGUUGAGCUAUCUGGAGACUAAAACAAAGCAACAGCAACAACAGCAACAGCAACAGCAGCAGCAACAGCAGCAGCAACAACAACAACAACAACAACAACAACAACAACAACAACAACAACAACAACAACAGCAGCAGCAGCAACAGCAACAGCAGCAACAACCUCAUCAUCAAAUUCAUCAACAAGAUACAAUUUUGCCACCACCGCGGCCACUAGAACACAGUUCAUCCCUUCAAUUUCUCCAGAAGUCAUAUCCCGAGUCUACAUUGUCAUUAAGUUCCAUUGAUGCGUGUGCACCCAAUUUUGACGCGUAUCCCAAGCAAAUAUCCAAGGUGCUUUAUGGCGCAGUUGGGAUCAAAACAAACUCAAACGUAAGUAUUAUACCUCCAAUAACGGAUCAGAUAUUAUUGAGUCGGAUCCUGAAUGCCUUUUUUAUGCAUACAUACAGGAUAUGUCCUGUUAUUAACAAAAGUGAGUUUUUGAGUAAAUUUAACAAAAUAUUUAAGAAAUCACCAGAUUCAACUGAUGAUACGGUUUUAUUAGACAAGUUUGAAGAUCAGUACGAAUUAUACAUGGUUUUAGCCAUUGGAAGUACCCAUUUAGAAAGAUCCCGGAUUAUAGGCAGAGACAAGCGAAUAUCUGAGUAUUUUGUUUCGAUGGCGUUGGCGAGUGUGCACAAUAACAUAUGCAAGAAUGACAUUACUAGUAUGAAAAACUUGAUGUUAUUGGCUUUGUAUUCCUUCUUCAAUCCGGCAGAAUUUAUUGCAUGGGAGAUUGCUGGGAAGUUGGCAAGAAUGGCGAUCCACUUGGGAUUAAAUCAGGCGAUAUCCGAACACGAAGCAAAAAACAAGACACUUCGACAAGUGGAAAUGAGGACUAGACUAUUGUGGUCGGUGUAUACUAUUGACAGGUUGACUUCUGUGACUUUAGGAAGACCGGUUGCGUUGCACGAUGAUGACAUCAAUGUGCCCUUGCCACAAAUACUUGACGACGACGAGAUUGAUGACAUCACGACAUAUCGAUUAGUCAUUCACCUUCGACAUAUUGAGGGCGAGAUUUUAAGAAGAGUGCAUUCUGUAAACGUUCACAAACAUCUACGCAAUAAAAAUAAGCUGGAAAAGGAGCUCUGUCAAGAAGUACUCCAAGAACUACGCGACGAGAUUGAAGAGUGGCACAAGAAGGCCAAUGAGUUGGAUACUUUAGCUGCAAAACCCAAACAGUCUCUUGCGUUUAGAGCGCUGAUACCUUGGUUCACAGCGAGGUACAAUCAUUUGCUCAUUUUACUAUACCGACCAUCUUACCUCAAUCCACAGCCACUGCAAGACUUGUUGGACAUUUUGGGUAGAGCAUGUUUGGAAACGUUGUCAUCCACGUAUAAGCUUUUCAAAUCAAAGUCGUUGCCAUUGAAUUGGACAACUUUGUAUCGGUUCCUUAUGGUGUGUACAACAAUUUUGUACUGUUUAUGUAAAUGGGCAAUUGAUUUGAUGGAGUCUAAAACAGAGAUAUGCUACUGUAUAGAAAUACUACAAGCUUUUGGAAGUGAUUGGGUUGUUGCGAAAAAAUGUGCAGAAGUGUUUAAGCAGAUUGAACAAAAACUAUUGGAAAUAACCUUGACAGAUGGGCACACUAGCGACAUGGACAACUUGUCCAAGGAAUUGUUGGGAGCUUCAAGUUCAUAUCAUGAAAUCCUCAAUGUUCAUUCUGUUGACUUGUGUAUAGACAGCCAGUAUAUAAUGUCACACCCGGUCACUUCGCUGAGAUCUCCUCCCGAGGACUUUAUGAAUACAGAUUCUGCAUCUACACCUGUACCUGUACUUGUACCCAUGGUUGACUUAACAGGAUCACCUUUCAUCAGUGCUGAUACUUCACUGUUACCAUCUGACGAAAAACUUGCUUGGAAUCCGACAAUGGCCAACCAAACUACUGGCAAGACUAAAGUUACCUUGCAAAAUUUAAAGGCUUUGGAAGAACCAGCGUGUAUCCGCUUGAUUAGGAACCCCGAGUUUAUUGAAACCAAUGUUUCUCUUGUUUCAUCUGCUUCCAGCUAUCAAAAACAUAUGACUGAUAAGAAUGAAGAGAAUUAUGGUUUUCGCAUCUAUGAGGAUACCAGAGAGAAAAUAAUACGAGACCCGUAUUUGCGGCCGUUAUCACAAAAUUCCACAAUCUCAUGUUUAUCAACAACGGCAACAAAAGAUGGCAUAGAGGGUAGGAACCUACAUCGGUUUAGUCCUAAUGUUUACUUUGAGAAUAAUAACAUUAAUGAUAAUAACAAUAUGGAUAUUAAGGACGAUCUGUUUCUGCAGCGACUGCUGCUGCCUCACACAACACAAUACAACAGUGAAAAUGAGGAGAAAGAGGAGGAUGAGGAGAAAGAGGAGGAUGAGGAUGAGGAUGAAAAUGAGCUUGUCAAUUACGACGAAAUAAACGUUAAACCAUAUGACAGUAAAAAUGCAAGUGUCGCUAGCCUACAUCAAACUUCCAUAUACAACGAUAAUGAGAACGGAUCUACAAUUGAAAUGUCUGAGCAGUAG